GGAGGAGACACCUUUGUUUCCCAGCUUUGGUUUGUAAACAAGAGGAAGUCUAGACUUCCAGCUGGCGCUUUUCGGGGGGCCUGCUGGUCUCUCCGCAGGGUGCCUCCCCUCUGACAAAGCUGCCCCGACACUCUCUCGACCCUACGCAGGCGUGCAUCGGGAGGGCGAAGAGGAUUCAUCCAAAGAAGGGGGUCCUUCUGCAUUUCUCUCCUGCCAGGGCAUUUCCAGCUUCCCCGCCCGGGGACUGUGCAUUCUUCGCAACUCUCCAGCGGCUUCUCUCUUCAUUUUGUGACCCCACCACAAUGGUGAGGCUGUCCAAACCCAAAACCUUUCAAGCCUAUCUGGACAACUGCCACCGACGCUACAGCUGUGUGCACUGCCGGGCACACCUGGCCAACCACGACGAUCUUAUCUCCAAGUCUUUUCAAGGAAGCCAAGGCCGGGCAUAUUUAUUCAACUCUGUAGUAAAUGUUGGAUGUGGCCCAGCUGAAGAACGGGUUCUUCUGACAGGUCUACACGCUGUGGCUGACAUCUACUGUGAGAACUGCAAAACCACACUUGGAUGGAAAUAUGAACAAGCCUUCGAGACCAGCCAGAAAUACAAAGAAGGGAAAUACAUCAUUGAACUCAACCACAUGAUCAAGGAUAAUGGUUGGGAUUGAAACAAGAGGGGCAAUGGGAACGAAGCAAGAUCUUGCCCCCUUUGGCUAAUGACAUGUAGAAGGCGGAGCCUAAGAAAUGACUAUUUCCACAACACUUGCCUCUGCCUUCCCAACCAAUGGGCUGCCACCCAAAUCACCUCUGAAUGCAUCUGAGUUGUGAAGGAGGAGGCGGAGCUUCUGCUGGGUGGGAGGCCACACCCACGGCUCAGCUAUGAUGCCCUUGCGUGGCGAACGGAGGCAGCGCACAGAGACACCUAGGCCGGGGCAGUGUGCAAGCAGGGUUGGGGAGGGGGAGGAGUGUGGGGUUUGUUGUACAGAGUGUGUAUUCAAAAAUAAUGACAGUCAUUGUAUAGUGGAAGGGGGAAGGCAAGGGCUGUACAGUAUUUGUGGCUUUGUGAGUGUGUAUUAUAUAUAUAUAAAUAUAAAUAAAAGAACUGAAGUGA